UAACAGAUAAAUAUAAAAAAAAUCUCGCUUUCGUUAUCCGUUUCCAAUUUCGACCAAGAGUCUUCUCAGUGACAGAUUAGCAUGCAAAGAUUCAUAUUCCAAUCCAACGUAUUUAUACAAUAUAAGGAAAAAACGAGAGAAUUUGAAAAUAAUAUUAUAAUUUUUUGAAGGUUGAGCUCUGUUUUGUAGUAGAAGCAGAGUUUUCUCAAAAAAUGGUGGGUGGUAUUGUUGGCAGUAACAUGGCGGCGACUGAUGCGAGGUUUCUAAGUUCGAAUUUUGGCAACAGUUUCAACAUCAACACCAGAAUUCACAGAUGGGAUUUUCACGAUCGGUCCCAAAUCGCAAUCCCUAGGGCUCAAUCUUCAUCUUCUCCACCUCCAUCUUCUUCCUCCGACAGAAUCGCCGCGAAGAAGACCAGAAAUCUACCCGUAACCACAACAACUACAAAGGAAGGCGAAGAGACGGUGGCGAAGAAACUCGACGGAGCUCCGCCGCCGGCUCAAUCUCCAUCUCCGCCGCAACUGAAACUGGACGAUGUGAAUCCAGUGGGUUUGGGGAGGCGAUCGCGGCAGCUCUUCGACGAGGUGUGGCGGAAAUUCUCUGGAUUGGGUCAGAUUUCGAGGACGACACGACCGGAUGAGCAGGAGACUCUUGACAGUCUUCUUAUUAGAGAAGGACCUAUGUGUGAAUUCGCUGUUCCCGGCGCUCAAAACGUCACCGUUUUAGUAGUCGGAGCCACUAGCCGAAUCGGCCGUAUCGUCGUCCGUAAACUCAUGCUCCGUGGCUACACCGUCAAGGCAUUGGUGAGGAAAACAGAUGAGGAAGUGAUCAGUAUGUUGCCAAGAUCAGUAGAUAUUGUGGUCGGAGAUGUGGGAGAACCGUCAACGCUCAAAUCCGCAGUGGAAAGCUGCAGCAAGAUCAUCUAUUGCGCCACUGCUCGGUCUACUAUCACUGCAGACCUUGUCCGGGUUGAUCAUUUGGGUGUUUAUAACCUCACCAAGGCCUUUCAGGAUUACAACAACAGACUAGCGCAACUAAGAGCUGGUAAAAGCAGCAAAAGCAAGCUUUUAAUCUCGAAAUUCAAGUCGGCUGAGGCACUUGACGGUUGGGAAGUUCGUCAAGGAACUUACUUUCAGGACACAACUGCUUCCAAAUAUGAUGGUGGAAUGGAUGCUAAGUUCGAGUUCACAGAAUCUGAGAGAGCUGAGUUUUCAGGUUAUGUUUUCACUCGAGGAGGAUAUGUUGAGUUGUCGAAGAAACUUUCACUUCCACUGGGUUCCACACUUGACAGGUAUGAAGGCUUAGUUCUUUCUGUUGGUGGGAACGGAAGAUCGUAUGUUGUAAUCCUCGAAGCUGGUCCAUCAUCAGAUAUGUCUCAGAGCAAGCUGUAUUUCUCAAGAAUUACUACCAAAGCAGGAUUUUGUCGGGUAAGGGUGCCAUUUUCAGCUUUUCGUCCGGUUAAUCCAGAAGAUCCACCGCUAUAUCCAUUUCUCGUUCACACAUUGACAAUACGUUUUGAGCCUAAAAGACAGAGACCUGUUGAUGGUCUUGCUGGUGCACAACAAGAUUUAAGAAGCUUUAGCCUUAUAUUCGAGUACAUCAAAGCUUUGCCUGCGGGUCAAGAAACCGACUUUAUUUUGGUAUCGUGUACUGGUUCAGGAGUAGAACCCAACAGGAGAGAGCAAGUGCUAAAAGCUAAGAGGGCUGGUGAAGAUUCCUUGAGAAGAUCAGGCCUUGGAUACACCAUCAUACGUCCCGGUCCCUUGAAGGAGGAGCCAGGCGGGCAACGAGCGCUGAUAUUUGAUCAAGGAAACAGAAUUUCUCAGGGCAUCAGUUGUGCGGAUGUGGCUGAUAUCUGUGUCAAGUCACUGCACGAUUCAACCGCGAGAAACAAAAGCUUUGAUGUUUGCCAUGAAUACGUGGCUGAGCAGGGAAUAGAGCUCUACGAGCUGGUGGCUCAUUUGCCAGACAAGGCGAACAACUAUCUGACUCCUGCUUUAUCUGUACUUGAGAAGAACACAUGACAAAGUUUCCCGGAAUCCAAAAAGUGAAAAGAAGAAUCCUUGAUUUGAUUCCAUUUUGUCUCUUGUAUUCAUCUCAACCUCUGAUUUACAUUACAAAUAUAUAUACAUACGUCCUUGUAUAAUUUGUACAGACAAGAAGAUAUUUUUCCUUAAUAUCUCCGUAAACAUUGGUUUCUUAUAUUUAA